UACACCGAGCCCCGCCCGUCAUCCAGCCCCCGGCCCCGCCUGCGGGUGUGCGCGCUCCCGCUCCCUCCAGCGUCUCUCUCCGCACCCUCCCGCCUCGUGGUGCUGCCCAGCCGACUGUUUGUUCCUCUGUUUGGAUACAGCUCCAGUCUUCUUAUCUCCUUCUGACCGCUCUUGGGGGCAUGUGUGCGAGUUCUCUUUCUGCUUGUCAGAAAUUUCUUUUCCACUGUGUGGGCAGGAGACAGCUGGCUCCCCCCGCAACUGUCUCCCCUCUCCUUUAUUUAUUUUGUUCUGUUUCUCUCCUUUCCUUCUCCUGCCUCCCCCUUCUCCUUUUUCUCCCCCGACACCUCUUUCUUCCUUUUUCAAUUUCACCAUCUCUCCUGCCCUAUCUCCCCGUGCCCCUUCCCUUACCUUUGUGCCCUUUUAAAAAUAAUCCAGUGAUGUCUCAGGACUAGCACACUCUCCUCAUUCAGCCGGGCGCGGGAUUCUGCGUUAAUUCAAGAGCAAUGUUCUGUGAUGGUGCCCGAGAUGCGUGGACUGAGCCCCUGCCACAGGCUGCCCGAGCCCGCCCUCUGCCCGGCGGCGGGCGGGAGCCCUGAGCCCGAGGCCGCGGGCCGCCGCCGCCGCCACGUCCUGGCCCUGCCCGAGGAGGAGGCAUGGCGGCCCCAGCAGUGCGCCCUGCUCGAGGCCGACGCCUCGGACGAGGCAGGCAUGCUGCCAGCCUCCCCGCGCGCCGCCGGCGGCUUCGACAACUUCUUCCCGGUGCAGGAGGGCGAGGGUCCGGGCUGGGAGGGCGGCUCCAGCCCCUUCCUGCCAGUGAGCCCCGAGGUGAUGAAGCGGCGGCGCGGGGGUCUCAUCGAGCAGCGGGACAUCAUCAAGGCCCACGAGGCGCACAAGAUGCAGAGCACCCCGCAGGCGCGGCGCAAGGAGUGGGAGUGA